AUGGAAAUUACACCAACAGAAAAUGAAAAUACUAAUUCGAACAAAAAUGAAUCGCGAUUAACAAACACUAUUAAAUAUCAAAAUGUGAAUUAUAAAUCGGACACAGAUUAUGCGGUAAUAGUAGCUCGAACCCUUUUAACUCCACUCGGUAUUUAUCCAUUACAUGGAUCAGAUACAAGUUUGAGUAAAUUUUUGAUAGCAAUUCAAAUAAUUAUAGUUUUUGGUUUAAUGUUAUUUCUACUGGUACCACAUUUUAUCUGGACUUUUUUCGAUGCUGAAGAUCUCAAAAAAUUGAUGAAAAUAAUUGCUGCUCAAAUAUUUAAUUCAUUAGCUCUGAUUAAAUUUUGGACUAUGAUUAUCCACAAGAAAGAAUUGAGAAAUUGUUUAAUACAAUUGGAAAAUAAUUGGAAAAAUGUAUUAUGUGAGGAAGAUAGAGUGAUAAUGAUGAAAAACGCUAAAAUCGGAAGGUUUUUUACAAUCGCAUACUUAAGUCUCUCAUAUGGUGGUGCAUUACCUUAUCAUAUUUUGUUACCACUGACAGCGGAAAGAAUCGUUAAAGAAGAUAAUAGUACUCAAAUACCAUUACCUUAUCCUACUGAUUAUGUUUUUUUCGUUCCUGAAGAUUCACCUGGUUAUGAAAUGCUUUUUGUAACUCACAUUGUUAUUAGUACAAUGAUUUUAUCAACAAAUUGUGGCAUAUAUAGUCUUAUAGCUACUUAUAUUAUGCAUGCGUGUUGUCUUUUUGAAGUCGUAUGCCGACAUUUAGAUGAAUUUUCAAAAAGUGGAACUAAAAAUAAUUUCAAGACUGAACUAACUUGGAUUGUUGAGAAUCAUAACCGAGCUAUACAAUUUGCGGAAGUACUUGAAAGUUCACUUAAUAUUGUUUUUCUUUGUGAAAUGGUUGGAUGUACAGUCAUCAUAUGUUUUUUGGAGUAUGGUGUUAUUGUGGAUUGGGAAGACGGCAAACUCUUAGGCUUGGUAACAUAUGUAAUUUUGAUGACAUCAAUUUUCGUUAACUGCUUCAUAAUUUCCUUUGUUGGUGAGCGCUUGAAAGAACAGAGUAUCAAAAUUGGUGAAUCUGCAUACUUUGCAGAAUGGUAUCUAUUACCAAAAAGUCUGGUUUAUGAUUUUAUGUUAAUAAUGAUAAGAUCAAAUAAACCAGCAAGUUUGUCGACGGGUAAAGUGAGUGAUUUAUCGCUAGCUGGAUUUGCAGGAGUUGUCAAAACUUCAGCGGCAUACCUGAAUUUUAUACGAGCUGUUGUCUAG